UGAAUUUGUAAUCACGCUAUAUAUGUGAACUACUCUGCAAAAACGGACCGAAUAGUGAAGACAAUGCGCGUUAACUAUCGUAGCUAUAGUUACAAGUGUACCUUAUAACCCACAUUUUCCUACAUUAUUUACGUAAUUUAAAGAAAAAGAUUAAUACAUAGCCAUUUAUGUUUUACUAUUGUCUGAAUUGCCAGAGUAUUAAUGGUUGGUAGUAACCGUGGGAUACUAAAGGUGGCUACACAAAAUAGAAACGAGGGCUCCCUGGAGAAUGUGAAAGAGUCUUUCAAUAGUGUGCUCAGACUGCUGCCUCGUGGGUUGACCCUGGGACCGUCCCUGGCUAAAGAUGGGCAGACAGGGUUGUGGUGCGUAGGACGGACAUUAAAGAAUGGCACCUUUCUGGGCAUGGAGGACUCAGACAGAGUGCCUAGCUAUGGGAAAGUAGAAGAGGGAAUGGAAACAUGCCAAAAAACAGCCAAAGAAACAUCAGUCAAAAAGUACUGGAUGAGGUUUGCCUGCACUGCUCCGUGUGAAGUUGAGAGGAAUGUUACUGUGCAUGAGGUGGAUGGAAAGCUGUGUCUCAGGACCUGUAGGGACAUCAGUCCAGGAACAGAGCUCCUGGUCUUGGAAGAACAGUGGGACAUUCUUCCUGUACCUGUGGAGCUUGACCAGAUAGAUGUGACUGAUUCUGGAAAACCCCUCAAACUGGACACACCAUUCAAAGUAAAAGACAAGGACUCUAUUCAGCCUGACCAGACUGAACAGGGUUCUGGAGAGUCAGCAAAACACCUGAAGGAUAAAUUCCCGGUUAACAACCUAGGAGGUCAGGAAGCAAGCAGACCUCACAGGGUGGAGAAGAGUCCUGCAGACAGUUCUCAAACCCAGAAGACUGGCGACCUUGAGCAGAGGGGUUUGUAUGGGGGCUGUGAAGAGCAAGCUCAGGAGGCUGUGGAAGUGUCAAGUACUCAAGAGAUGGCUAAUGUCAGUGGAGACUUAGUGCAAGAGCUCCCAAACUUGUGUGAAGAGCUCAGAGGAGCAGUGAGCAAGCGAGCAAGCUCUCGCUUGGCAGCCAAACCUCGCAAGGUACACUCACUACGCAGCCACAUCCAUCGGCGACCGCAAGAGCCAAGAAUUAGUACUGCAGCAUGUCUUAUGCAAAAGUCUGUGAGAACAGAGACCAGCCAAGAGAAUAAAGAGAGCUCACUGCACAGCAAGGACACUACAUCAGAUAAUAAGCCAAAGGAACUGCCCCGUGAGGAGCAGAGAGGAGGAAAGGAUUCUCUCGACUCCUUUCAGUUCAGCCUGCGAGAGCGGAAAUACAAGUGUGACAAGUGUGGCAAAAGCUUCUUCCAGCUGUGCCACCUGAAGAAGCACAACUUCACGCACUUGGAGCUGAAGCCGUACGCCUGCAUGGAAUGUGGCAAGCGCUACAGCUCGCAGGAGAGCUACCGUGCCCACGCGCUCAUGCAUCGGGGACAGCGGCCCUUCAAGUGCCCACAGUGCGACAAGAGCUAUGGCCUCAAGCGGGACCUUAAGGAGCACAUGGUGCUCCACACGGGCGAGAAGCCCUUUGUCUGUGAUGUGUGUGGCAAAGCGUUUGCCCGCCGACCCUCGUUGCGUGUCCACAGGGAGUCCCACGAGGCCCAGGGUGCAGAGCCGACCAGGAUCAAAUGCCCUGAAUGUGGCAGGGAGCUGGCCAGCGCAGGGUCGCUGAGGAACCACUUGCGGCUGCACACGGGUGAGCGGCCGUACGCGUGCGAGCACUGUGGCCGGCGCUUUCGUCAGCGCGGCAACCUGCAGGGCCACCUGCGUCUGCACACAGGCGAACGGCCACAUGUGUGCGAGCACUGCGGCCGGUGCUUUGCGCAGGCGCCUGACCUUCGCCGCCACCUGAUCGCACACACGGGUGAGGCGUACCUGUGCCCCGUGUGCGGCAAGGCCCUGCGGGACCCCCACACACUGCGAGCACAUGAGCGCCUCCACACGGGAGACAGGCCCUACAAGUGCGAGCGCUGUGGCAAAGGGUACACCAUGGCAACCAAGCUACGCCGCCACAUGAAGUCUCACCUGGAUGAGAAGCCACACAGGUGUGAGACAUGUGGCGCCAGGUACACGCUGAUGCAGAGCCUCCAGCGACAUCUGCAGUCGCACGCGGUACGCACGCAGAGUGGACACCCGCCACCGGCCAGAGGCCGGCCCAGGAAGGAGAUGCAGAGAGAGAGUGCGAGGUGGAAGGAUGACCAUGGCGAAGAUGAGGAGGAGCGAGCUGUGGUUUAUGUUCAGGCCAUGGAGGAUAUCAGCAUGGUGCCUCACUCCGAGGAUGUCACAGCAUGCUCCUUGGCAGUAGUCCCCACCGACGUUAUGGAAGAGGCUGAAGAAAUUACAGAACGGGUCGAGCUCAGCGAAGAUGUUAUAGAGAUCAUUGUGUCAGAUGGCACUGCUAAGUGCAUUGUGGUUCAAGAACAGGAUGGUAAUGAUAAAUGUAUAAUUUUCCAGGACCACAUUGCUAAUGAAAAAGGUCUGGCAGUGCAGGAACAGGCUGAGAAUGCUGAAUGCAUUGUAGUAGAAGAGGAGGUUGUGAACAGCAGAGUGGUCAUACUACAGAGUCAGGAUGGACUACAUUCGGUGGCACAGACCAUUGAAAUAGAGUCAGGUAUGCAGGACUGAAUAUGUUUAUAUGCUUAUCAAGAUUUGGAACAUAAUACAGUAUAACUGCUUAAGUAAGAAAUGAAAAUUAGCAAUAAUAAUUAAAAGAAAAUGCUUAUUAUUAAAAGAAAAUGCUUAUUAUUGCUAUUAAAAAUGUAAUAGACUUUUUGUAAGCUGUAGGCUUUUUUUGUCAUAGCAGAGUUAAAUGCAGUGGUAAAUAUUGAUUCACCUCCAUUUUGACCUGUGUGUCAUCACUGUUUGUACCAGAUCUGUUCAGGCUCUUGUACAAAACAGAACUGCUGGGAAAUGAUCUAAUCUGUAAAUCCUUUAAGCAAA